CCCCCAACCUGGCCCCACAUCGUGGCCCCCUAUCGCAACUGUGUACAAACUAUGUAAGGCUUUCUGCCGCGCAAGGAUGUCAUCUACUCGGGGAGUGGAUUUGCUUCCCUCCCCAUGGUGCUUCUGGCGAUGCCUGCCAUGGGCACGCAUUCAGAGAACUCUUGGGGGGGGGGGGGCAGACAGAACGCCUGCAAAGAUCGCCAAGCGCAGAGGCGCACGACAUAAAAAAGUGGCUGCUAAUUGGCUGCGCUGGAUCGAGUAGUCUCGAUUUGGGACACCCGAGUGGACCGGAUGAAAAGGACCCCCAGAUCAAAGCUGACCCUGCUGAUUGCCACUGCGACCAAAGGUGAGGAGAGCUGCUGCAAAGCGCACUCACAUGUGGGAGUCAGCGAGAUAGAAUACUGGAUGCCACUGACAAAGAAAACUGAAAUCACAAAAUCAGCGUCGGCAAUACCUCGCAAGGCGAACACACGUAUCUUCGACGUCGCGGGCUGUAGAGACGCUGUCCACCCAGACGUCUGGAGCACCGCGGCUGCAGUCCAAAAGAAGAGGGACGAAGAAACUGUGACCGAGUCACUCAAUGAAGACGCUCAGGCAAACAACGAAGCACGAAAACCUGCGAACACCAGAACGUGUAGUGUUUAGGCAAACGUAUCCAUUCUGCCUGGAGCUCGAAUGAGCUGCAUUCAUGGAAAAAUUGUGCAGAUGGAUGCAACUGCGCCCUUUUUUGAGGGGCACCUUUACAAAGUUCCAGAAGUGGGCCACCACCCAUCAACGAGCGGCCUUCACGCGCCUGGCUGACAGCACGUCUACCGCGUCGGAGGCGCUCGCCCUGCGGAGGGGCUCGGGCCUCAGCAGCGCCUCCAGGCACGCCAACACCGCUCCGUCGUACACGCCACCCAUGCUCGCCAUCGCCUGAGCAUGGGAGCCCGCUUGGGCGAAGAACUCGAGUAUCUCCCGCAUGGCCUACGCGAGGUAUGCGCAACGGCGCCAUGGCACCGAGAGCUCGAGCGUGCCUUGCCCGCAAGCGGUCUCCAAGAGCACCACCCCUAAGCUCCAACAAUCUGCCGGCUUGGGCCAGUACGGCUCCCCCAGCGCUGUCUCCGGAGCGACGCACGGGAGAGAACCACACAUGGUCUCCCGCAUGCUGGAGUCUGGAACGUGGGCUGCCAUGCUGAAAUCUAUCAGGCGGCAUCAUCGGCGUGUGAGAUGCUUCCCCCUCCCCAAACCCCUCCCCCGGG